AUCUUCUCUUCUUUAUUUACAACACGUUAUCAGCACGAGACUCUAAACCCUAGCUAAAAUCCAGCGACCACAAAAACUCUAAUUUCAGCCGCAACUUUAAACCGUCAUAUCUCCCUAACCGUAAGGAUCCAGACGACGAGUAAUAUAUCAAAUUGAAGCUCGUGACGAGACGAAUCCAGCGCCGCAGACCACGCAUCAAUCCGACUCCAGACGCGCCGUCACCUCCCAGUGCAAGCCGCGCCGUCAAAGAUCAUCCAAAACCCUAAUAGCCGCCAACUCCUUAUCUCUCUUAAUUUCGAUUUCUAUUGUUCUUAGAUCUCAUACUAAUCCAACUUUGAAACUUUCAUUGUUGAUUAUUUAAGGUUUCUAAAAGAGGAACCAAGGAGAAAAGAUCGGCAAAGAUUAAGGUGCAACUAGAUUUUUCACCUAUGAUUCACGGUGAUCAUCCACGAUGAUCCGCGUUGAUCUAUGAUCCAUGAUGAUCCUCGAUGAUCCGCGAUAAUCUACGAUGAUCAGUGAUCCAAGGUGAUCCACGGUGAUCCUCGAUGAUCCACGGUGAUCCACAAUCACCGGUGAUGGAUGAUGCGCACCACAGUGCAGCUAAAUCACGAUCCGUUUUAUUUGGUCGAGGAUGUGUACCGAAUGGUACUACUAGACCAUUAAACCGCAUGGGUCAAUGUAGCAUACCAUAUGGUAUGGCUAAACCAUGCACUCUUCCAUCCCACUAUUUUCAAGGGAUUUAUAAAUCAAACAAGUUGAUUAAGAGAUGGAUGAGUUAUGAGAAAGUAAAUUUCUAAAGAGAAUGCAAACUGGCCGUAUGACCCUCUUAUUUGUUUGCUGGCAAUGUGAUUUAAUUGUGUAAUAGCCGAAUGGCAUUGGUCACACAAGCCAUAUGGCUUUAUUGUUUACAUACUGGCCGAGUGCCUUUUAUUUCUUGGAUAGCCAAUGGCAUCAGAAAUUGUAUGUACUAACACAAAUCAUUUUGAUAUGAUUCAGAUGUCGAGACUCCAUCACUCGGAUUACCCAGCCCUUGAUCUCAAUGGAGAUAAUUACCUUGAUUGGGCGAUGAACACUUCAGCCGAUUUAAAGUCUAAAGGACUUGGGAAGUGUAUCAAAUACGGCAAUGAUACCCUUGCAUAUGAAAGGCGUAGAGCUGUUUUGAUAAUGAGAAAGCAUCUCGUGAAGGAUCUGUAUGAUGAGUGCAGUUACAUCAACGAUCCUUACGAUCUCUGGUCGAGAUUGAACACCAUGUUCUUCGAGCCAUUACAAGAUGAGUCCAUGAAAGAAUGGAAGGCUCUGAGGUUCCAGGAUUAUGAAUCCGUGGAUGACUAUCACUUUGAUCUUAUGAGAAUCACCUAUAGUCUUAAACUAUGUGGUGAAGUGAUAACAAACUAUGACUUGUUAAGCAAGACUCGUGACACGAUCCAUUCAAAGGAAGUGUUGUUAUCACAGAAGGCUAAAGGUUUCACAACCUAUUACGACCUUCUCUCAUACCUUUCAGCUCUUGAGGAAAAGAAGCAGAAAAGGAAAGUCAACCUCGACAAACUCGACUAUGUUAUGGAGAUAAGUGCCGAGUAUCAUUGUGAGAUGAUAUACGGUGAUGCUGAAGAAGCUAAGAAAAGAAAAUUCGGGUGGACUCAUAUAGAUGAUGAGAUUGGUUUAUUCAUUGAAUAGAGAACCAAAUGUGAGCCAUGUCCAAGAUGUUAUUAUGGACUGGCCGGCUAUUGUUUAAGCCUUUUGACAUUCUGAUUUCAUACUUAUGAUUUGGUGUUUUGUUUUAAAUAUAAUUUGUCAUUCAAAUUUCAUAGCAUUAAUAAAAGUUUUUCUUUUAUCUUGA